AUGAGCUCGCUUGCGACACUACAAAACCCCGACAUCGCGCGUAUACACGACUUCUGGUACACCCGACCCGUACUAGAAUGGUUCGUGCCACCAGAGGGAUUCGACGCUGAUUGCAAAGGUCAAUUCAACGAUCUCGUCAGAGACGCCGCGAACUCAUCAAAGCUGGAUCAUUGGGAGGAGACCAAGGAAGGCAGCCUUGCGCUUCUAGUGCUGCUUGAUCAAUUCACGCGCAAUGUCUUCAGAGGCACACCUGGCGCGUUCAGCUCUGAUGCCAAGGCAAUGGGUGUUGCUACGCGGAGUAUUGCGAAGGGCUUUGAUAAGGAAGUAACGACCCAGCAAGCGUUGACUUAUUAUCUGGUACUGAUGCACCACGAAUCACUGCUCGCCCAGAUCGCCUGUCGUUCUCUACUCGAGCAGCUGGCUCUGCGGUGUAAGACGCCUGACGAGAUCAAAUUCAUAGCGAACUCCUCGAGGAAAAGCUCACAAGAGCAUCAGGACGUCAUCGAGAAAUUCGGUCGGUAUCCCAGCAGGAAUGAAAUACUGGGCAGACAGUCGACUGAGGCUGAGCUCGAAUUCCUGAAGGAGCACCCCAGUGGAUUCGCGUAG